UGAAAUACAAUUUUUGAUUGAAUUUAUGUCAGUUCGGAUGUAGAUGUCAGCUGUAGUUUGUCUAUGGACAUUUAAGGUUAUUUACCACUGACGAAAUCUUAGAAUCGCCGGAUUUACGAUAAAACUUGUGCAAUGAGUAACAUAUUUAAGCUGAAAUUAAGUGCUCUGGGCCAUCCCAACCCGGAUAGUUUUAACUGUGAAGAUGAAAAAGAGUACAGAAGCGUUGUUUUGUGGCUGGAAGACCAAAAAAUCAGACAUUACAAGAUCGAGGAGCGUGAGGGUUUAAGGAACAUUGAUGCGGACAGUUGGAAGGAAGCUUAUGACACGUACCAGCGAGAUCUCGUAAGUCCGGCUUCAGAAGGGUCUCCGAACGAACAGCUUAAUUGGUUACUAUCCUACGCCGUCAGAUUGGAGUAUGCUGACAAUGUUGAUAAGUACAAGAAUGCCAAGGCAGAGCAGAAGAAACAAGCUGCCCCCAACAUAGUCUCUUCAAAUCCCUUGGACAACCUUGAUUUUUCAAGUCCAGCAUUUAAAUCAGGAGUUGAACGGGUUUGUACAGUGGCCGGUAUAGGUCCACAUUUGGACCCGAAGAUGAGACUUGCAGCUCUGUCAAAAAUCCUGAAGACUACACCACAUCCUGACCCUCCCAAAGCAGAAGUGAAUGUUGUUCAGCAACCUUCUGAUGUGUUGAAACUAUUGUUUGUUCAAGACCUUAGGAAUUUACAAACAAAAAUCAAUGAAGCAUUGGUAGCAGUACAGACUGUCACUGCUGAUCCUCGCACAGACACCAAACUCGGCCGCGUGGGAAGAUAAAAUGACAUACUUUAUUGUUGGGCAUCCUUAUUAACCUAGUCUGAUUAAAAAUAACAAAUGCCAUUUUAAUUUGGAGGGCAAUAUACUGAUGCCCAACAAAUAAAAUAAUUAUAUGUUAAUCAUACACUGUAUUUUAACCUGACAAUAAAGCUUCAAAUAUAAAAUAAACUACAUUUUUAAAGUGCAAAAAUCAGGCCAUGUGUAUCAAUAAUGAAAUAAGAAUAACAAUGUAAACUAUACAUGUCAAAUAAUUGUCUUCCAAUAUAUAAAACUGUUUAUUAAGGGUGAACAAUUAUUGUAUUCAGUAGAAUAUGCUAUCUUGUGUUAACAUAAGAUUAAGUUAAUUAAUAACAUUCCAUGGAAUGUUAAGAUAUAUUUACCAUUAUCUUUGAUGCAGUGUGUGAUUAACAACAAUGUACUAAAUUAACUGAUCUGCAGUGUAUUUAUAAUAUUUAAAAUUAAAACUCAAAAUUUA